UUCGUGUUUCCGGGGGGUGUGGGUUCUUCAGGGAUAGUUGCCGGAUGUGAACCCUACCGAGGCAGAAUGAAUGGCUCUGAUUGUUUAUUGACUUAAAAUUAAAUAAUAAUAAUGAUUUUGCAAUGGACGGUUUCACUGCGGCUUGAAUGUUUUGUUGUUUUAUAAUAUUUGUUGCGUCUUAGUGCAGGUAGUUAAUGACGAUGAAGAUGAAGAUGAAGCUGAAGCUGAAGAACGUGUUCAUGUUGUAUUUCCUGGUCUCAAUAUGCGGGCUGAUGUACGCGCUCAUGCAGCUGGGGCAGCCCUGUGACUGCACCCUUCACUCCAGGCAGAGCAGCGAUCUGGUGCACUCUCGGGACAGAACCAUCUCCAGACUGCAGGGGGAGCUCAAGAGACUGCAGGCGAGGGGGAACCCGGAGGGGCCCCCCAAACCAGCCCUGCCCACCAUCUACACCGUCACCCCUACCUAUACCAGGCUGGUGCAGAAAGCUGAGCUGACCCGCUUAUCCCAGACCCUGCUUCACGUGCCCAGCCUGCACUGGGUGGUGGUGGAGGACUCUCCGGUGAAGACCAGUCUGGUCUCGGAGCUGCUGAAGCGGAGCGGGCUGCCCUACACGCACCUCUGCACGCAGACCCCCAAAGACUUCAAGCUGCAAGAGGGGGACCCCAACUGGCUGAAGCCACGGGGGGUGGAGCAGAGGAACCUCGCCCUGCAGUGGCUCCGGGAGAAUCGGGGUCCCUCCGAUGAAGGGGUGGUCUACUUCGCAGACGACGACAAUACCUACAGCCUGAGGCUCUUCGAGGAGAUGCGUUUCACGAAGCGGGUGUCUGUCUGGCCGGUGGGGCUGGUCGGGGGGGUGCGUUUCGAGCGCCCCCUGGUGGAGAGGGGGAAGGUGACCGGGUUCUACACGGCCUGGAAGCCGAACCGGCCCUUCCCGAUGGACAUGGCGGGAUUCGCGGUCUCCCUGCCCCUGCUCCUGGCAAACCCGGCCGCGCGCUUCCACCUCUCUGCCCAGCGAGGGAACCUGGAGAGCAGCCUGCUGCAGACGCUGGUGUCCAUCGAGGAGCUGGAGCCCAGGGCUAGCAACUGCACCAAGGUGCUGGUCUGGCACACCAGGACAGAGAAACCCAAAAUGAAACAGGAAGACGCUCUGAUUCUGCAGGGUCUGGGCUCCGACCCCUCUAUAGAGGUGUGACCCCCCCCCCUCCCUCUCUCCCCCAGGGAGAAAGAGAGGGGGAGAGAGAGCUGAGAUCGUAUACAGAGUCCUACCCACAGGUCCGCUGGACUGCAUUCAGCUUGUUCUGUUUUCUUAGAUAAUUCCUGUGUUUAGCAUUGUUUCAAGCAUAUUCAAAGACAUGCCCGAGUCAAAAAGAAAAUAAUUUGAUGUAUUGAUAUAUAUGUGUGAAGACGCAGUAAGAGCUGUAGAGACACGUCCUGGGGGGGGGGGGGUGCAUGUCCCUGGCAGUGGGGACGGGGACGGGGACAGAGUCCGUCCUCACAUCCAACAGCUUCGUGUCCAGCUCUUAAGAUCUGCUUCUGCGAUUGAAAUGAGGUCAGGAAUAGUAUUCAAGUCAACUCUGACCUUUUUAUUUAUUUUAGUGUAAAUAAAAAAAGCAAUUUUAAUUAUUAUUAUUUUUAAUUUUUAAUUCCUGGAAUGCGUGUGCAAAAUGUUAAACUUUUGUUUAAAUUAUUGUGUGUGUUUUUUUUUUUUUUUAAUUUUAAUAUGCCAAGUCGGGCUGAGGAGGCGCGAUAUCCGAACGCAUCUUGUUGGAAAAGACGUCCCUAAGAGUAGAGAAAAUAAACUUUUAGAACAGGCUGA